AUGUCGGACGUCAAGAACAUUGUCAUCAUUGGAGCCUCGGCUGCUGGCCACAGUGUCGCCAACGGUAUUGCGAACAACCUGCCUGAGAACUACCGCGUCAUCCUCGUCGAGCGCAACACGUAUGUCGUCUGGUCGCCCGGAACUGUGCGCCAGAUCGUCGUCCCCGGCUGGGAGGACAAGAACUUCCAGGUCGAGGUGAAGCAGGAGCGAUUCUUCCCUGCCGGCUCGCGUCACCAGGUUCUUUGCCCCAACUCGGUUGUGGAGCUGAAGAAGAACUCUGUGGUUCUUGAGAAGCCGUUCGAGGGCUCCACUGAGCUCCCCUUCGAGAAGUGCGUCAUCGCCACGGGUGCCCAGCAACCCCCGCCAAUCGGUGCCGAGCCCGGCAGCAGCAUCGAAGACUUCAAGGCGCACCUGCGCAAGAUGCAGGAUGCGUUCAAGAAAGCGCAGAAGAUCCUGAUCAUCGGCGGCGGUACUGUCGGCGUCGAGGUCACGGGCGAGCUCACGACGGAGUACCCCGGUAAGCCGAUCACGCUAGUGCACGACGACCCCGCCGGUCUGCUCGGCCCGACGCCCCGCUCCAAGCCCGGAGACGAGUUCUACCAGGCGCCGACGUACGGCAAGCUCUCUGUGUCGCUCGAGAAGCAGCUGGCCACGCGCAAUGUGGAGGUCAUGCUCGGCGAGCUCGUCGACCUGCCCGAGGGCACCAAGUCUGGCCUGCUCGACAAGAUGACGACCUUCAAGACGAAGAGCGGCAAGGAGAUCGAGGCCGACUGCGUCUUCGUCUCGAUCGGUAACCGCGCCAACUCGCAGAUCGUCAAGGCGGCCGACCCUGGCGCCCUGUCCGAGGUGCAGUCGCGUAUCCUCAUUGACGAGUUUUUCCGCGUCCAGGCGUCCAGCGACGACUCGCCCAUGAGCGGCGAGUACUAUGCGCUCGGCGACGUCUGUGCCAACGCCGACUGGAAGACGGUCGUGUGCGUCGGAAACCAGGCGCCCGCGCUUGCCAAGAACAUCCUGGCUGAGGUCCAUGGCCAGGCGCCGACGGCCUACAAGACCUCGCCCCAGACCGCCAUCUGCGUCCCGCUCGGCACACAGGGCGGAGCAGGCGUCAUCCCCCUGUAUGGCUUCGAGAUCCCCAUGCCCGGCUUCAUCAUGGGCAUGAAGUCGAAGGACUUCUUCUCGAGCAAAUCAUUCUUCCCUCGCUUCAAGGGCGACGAGAAGCUUGCUUUCUCCGGUUGA